UUUUGUUUUUCCCGCCAUUGGUUUUAAAGUUGUCAUAUUUUCUGUAUAUUUUUGUAUGCUCAGCUAAUUGUAAAUUAUUUUUAUUUCAAUUGACCGGCUAUAUUUGUACAAAUUAUAUUAACUUUUUAACAAACCCUGAACAUAAUGGCUGAUUCUCCAAGUGAACCUAGGGCAAAACGGCAACGCGUGGACAAAGCAGGUCGAUUCGCUGCUUUGGAGCGUUUGAAACAAUUGAAAGGCAAUAAGCACAAAUACGAAGUGGAAGAGGAAGUGGAUGAUGUAUAUGAAGUGGUCGAUGAACGUGAGUAUGCGAAGCGUGCAAGGGAAAAAUACGGCGAUGAUUGGAUUGAGGAAGAUGGCACGGGAUAUGCUGAAGAUGGGCGUGAUUUUUUCGAAGAUGAGGAUGACUAUUCGGGAGAUGAAGUUGAAGAAAAAAAAGACAAAAGCAAGAAGAACAGCAGGAAACGUCCUCGCGACACUAACAAGCCAGUGAAGGGGAAGGGUUCGAUACGUAAUCUCUUCAGUAAUGCUGUGCCCAAGAAAACGCCAAUGACAUCUUUGGCUGAAGAUAAUAUAUUGGCAGAUAUUUUAGGCGAAUUACACGAUAAGCCCAAAAGUUCUACAUCAAAGAAUGCUCAAGAGACUGCAGAGACAGAGGUAAAGCCAGUAAAACAUAUAGCACCAGCUAGAAUUUUAGGCAAAUCAUCAAGGAAAUCUGACGCAACAGUCGCUAAUGAUUACAUGAAUAGUUUUAUAAACAAUAUAAAAAUGUCGGAAACGGCAAAAAGCACUGAGAAAACAAGCGACGAUGAAUUAUUGGACAGUAUUCUCAAACCAAAACCCACAAUAGCCAAUAAAAAGAUAGUGGAGAAAUCGAAAGAACGUACGGAAAAGACCGAUGCAGUAAAACAGCAGAAAGAAAUGGAGUACGUUAAAGAAAUUGAUACGGUUUCAGCUGAAAAGGCGGUAAAAAAUAUAUCUGAAAAGCCAGCUGAAACGACAAGCAGUGCAGUCGAAACACCAGCAGUUGAAAAUGAAUUUCCCGAUGAUGAUAUCGACUUCAGUUGUUUGCAAGACAACAAUAAUCAGCUUGGGAAAGUUAAAGAUGACGUAACCAAUGCUAAACAAAUUUCGCCAAAAAAAAAUUUACAAUCGAAGGCAGCGCCUGUGAAAGAUGCUGAUGACUUACAAAAUUUAUUGAGUAACUGGGAGCAGAUAUGUCAAAUGGACAAUUUUGAGGAGGAAACUUCCAAUUGUGACAGUGGUUCGCCAACGAGUACGACGGGUAAAGAAGACACAAUUAAAUUUUGGUAUUGGGAAGCUUGGGAAGAUGGCAUUAAAUGUCCCGGCGAAGUAUUUCUGUUUGGUCGCACACCAGAAAACAAAUCAAUUUGUGUGCGAGUUGGAAAGAUAGAUCGCGUACUGUAUCUUUUACCAAGAAAAUACUUACUUGAUCCAAUUACUAAGGAACCUACAGACAAACUUGUUCAAUUAAGCGACAUGUAUAAGGAAUUCGAUGAUGAAAUUUCCGUAGAACUAAAGUUGGAUGGAUUUAGAUCUCGAAAAGUUACAAAAAAUUUUGGCAAUCAUUCUAUUGGCAUUGAUGUGCCACAAGUUUGUGAUUAUAUGGAGAUACAUUACGAUGGCAAAAAACCUCCACCAAAUUUAAAGAAAAAGUAUAAUUCAAUUGCACAUAUCUUUGGUGCCAACACCACGGCCCUAGAACGUUUUCUGUUGGACCGAAAAAUUAAAGGCCCCUGCUGGCUAACACUGAAACAGUUCAUAAAAAAUCCUGUGCAAAUAAGUUGGUGCAAUUCCGAUGUCACCGUUAACGAUCCAAAGACCAUCAUACACACUGAAGAACCUAAACCCGCACCACCACCACCACUUACACUACUCACAUUAAACGUACGUACGGCGCUUAAUCCCAAGACGCUUAAAAAUGAAAUCUGUAUGAUUUCUAUGCUAGUACACAAUCGCUUUCAUAUCGAUCGACGCGCGCCACAGCCUGCUUUCAAUAGGAGCAUGUGUGGUAUUACACGCCCUGUAAUGGCUGUUUGGCCAUUCGAUCUUAACGCUAAGUUAGCAAAAUUCAAAGCUAUUAACGUGGUGAAGCAUGACAAUGAACGAGCCCUUCUAAUGUGGUUCCUAGCGAUGUAUCAACAAGUUGAUGCCGAUUUAAUUGUCACAUUCGAUGCCAUCGAUUGUCAGUUAGAUGUGAUUACCGAUCGCAUAGCGACGCUCAAAGUGCCGCAAUGGUCCCGUUUAGGCCGUGUACGCUUGUCUGCACACGGCAGCGGGCGCAGGUGGCUCGAAUUCUUCGCGGGUCGUAUGGUGUGCGAUGUGAAAAGAACCGCAUCUGAAGAGAAAAUUAAAGCGCGCUCUUAUGAUCUGCAGACAUUGUGCCAAGCCGUGUUGGAAAUUAAGGAGAACGAACGUAUGGAUGUCAACGAUGAAGACUUGCUACAAUUAUUUGAGACGGGCGAUGGUGUAUUGAAAUUAAUAACACUAACUAUGCAAGACGCUUCUUAUGUACUUCGCAUGAUGUAUAAACUGGACCUUUUGCCAUUGGCUUUGCAAAUAACCAAUAUUUGUGGCAACACCAUGACACGCACAUUACAGGCCGGACGCUCAGAACGUAUUGAGUUUUUACUGCUACACGCAUUCACAGAGAAGAACUAUAUAGUACCCGAUAAGAAGAAGCGUGAAUGGAGCGAAAACAACACCACUAUAAUUGAUGGUGAAGGAAAUGAUACCACAGCGCCGACAGCAAGCAGUGGACGAAAGAAGGCAGCCUACUCGGGCGGUAUGGUGUUGGAUCCUAUAGCAGGCCUAUAUGAUAAAUACAUACUUCUGAUGGACUUCAAUUCGCUUUAUCCCAGCAUUAUUCAAGAGUAUAAUAUAUGCUUUACCACUGUACAACAACCGUACAACAGUGAUGAUUUGCCGCAAUUACCCGAUUCAAAUGUCGAACUUGGCAUUCUGCCACAGCAAUUGCGACGUUUGGUGCAGUCACGUCGUGAAGUGAAAAAACUAAUGGCAAAACCAGAUGUUGCACCCGAGUUGCUUAAACAAUACGACAUACGUCAGUGGGCCUUGAAAAUCACUGCCAAUGCAAUGUACGGCUGCCUAGGUGCAGGGCACUCGCGCUUUGCCGCACAGCAUCUGGCUGCGCUGGUAACGCACAAGGGCCGUGAGAUACUUAUGAACACAAAGAGUUUGGUGCAGAAGAUGAACUACGAAGUGGUUUAUGGCGAUACCGAUUCAAUAAUGGUGAAUACGAACAUAUUGGACUAUGACCAAGUGUUCACAAUUGGCAAUGGCAUCAAGCAGAGUGUGAAUAAAAUGUAUAGGCAAGUUGAAUUGGGUAUCGAUGGCGUAUUCAGUUGUUUGUUGCUGCUAAAAAAGAAGAAAUAUGCGGCUAUGAAGGUGGAGAAAGACACAAAAAGUGGUGUAUUGAAAAAAGUGCAAGAACAGAAAGGUCUUGACAUCGUACGCCGCGAUUGGUCACAACUAGCUAUAAUGGUUGGUCGUAUUGUGCUCGAUGAAAUUCUUGCUGAGAAACAACUCGAUGAGAAAUUGGAUGCAGUGCAUUCACACCUCGAAAAGAUACGCGGCCAAGUGGAAUCGGAUGCUGUGCCAUUACCCAUGUAUAUCAUAACAAAGCAGCUCUCCAAAGCACCUACGGAAUUCAACAAUGCCAUCUCACAACCGCAUGUGCAAGUAGCAUUACGCAUGAACACCACACGCAAUCGGCGCUAUAAAAAAGGUGACAUGGUGGACUAUGUGAUAUGCGAAGAUGGCACAAACAAUCCGGCUACACAGCGCGGUUAUCACUUGGAUGAGGUGAAGUCAAGCGAAACGUUGAAGUUGGACAAGCAAUAUUAUCUGGCGCAUCAGAUACAUCCGGUAGUCACACGUAUGGUGGAUGUUUUGGAGGGCACCGAUGCCAGUCGUGUGGCCGAAUCGCUGGGCUUAGACCCCAGCAAAUUCAGAGCGGCGGCACAGAGAGCACAUCAAGAGCGCAUUGAGGAUACCACUGGCGAAUCGCUAGUGAAGACUACUUUACAAAAAUAUCGUGAAUGCGAUAAAUUCAAAUUCAUUUGCAUUGCCUGUAAGUCCGAAAAUAUUGUGGCCACCGCCUUCCGGCCGAACGCCACCAAUUCGCAUGACGCAGUACUGCAGAAAUGUGUGAACACUGAGUGUAGUAGUGCACCAUAUCAAUAUAUAGUGGCUAUACGCAAUCGCCUUUUGCUCAGCAUACGAUCGUACCUCAAACGUUUCUAUCAGAAUUGGCUGGUUUGCGACGAUCCGUCAUGCAAUCAAAAUACACGCUUUUAUACGCAUGUAACAGCGGGCAAUCGGCCCAUAUGCCCGUUUUGUAAGACCGGUUCGUUGGUGCGUCAGUAUUCGGAGCGGAAUUUAUACCAGCAACUGAGCUAUUUCCAAUACAUGUUCGAUUUGAGCAAGUAUCAACACAAACAUGUGCCGCUCACGCCAGAAACGGAGGCUGCUUAUCAGAUGCUCUUCGAUACUGUAAAUCAGCAACUAGAAAAAUCUGCAUUCUGCACAAUAUCAUUGGGAAAAUUGUUCAGCUAUUUCAAACCACUUGAGCAGAGUGAUGAAAUUUCGCAUAAGAAAAUUGAGCUUCCGCAACCGGAAAUGCAAGUGGCCACAAGCCUGGGUGAUAAUUAAAAGCUCAAAAAAUUCAACAGUUGGAGUGUAACUAUAGUCAGACAUUUUUAGUUUAGCUUUAUAAGUGUAAUUAUGAUAUAAAUAUUUUUUAGAAAGCAACUAUUGUACACCCAAAUGUUUGCUUUGAAAAGUAAAGAACGAAAUCGAUUUCUUAAA